AUGAUUUCUUCUAGUCCUCCUCGCAAACGCGUCAAGCUCGAGUCGCCAUCGCCGCCACCAGAAACCCAAGACGAAGGCGAAGACAACUGCAGCAUAUGCCUGCAGCCCCUCGUUGACCGGACCGUCGUUCCUACUUGCUCGCAUGAGUUCUGUUUUGAUUGUCUCGUCGUUUGGACUGGUGAGCGAUUUUCUUUUUGCGAGAAAUGCCCGCUGUGCGCUCAGAUGAUCGGGGAAUACCUAAUUCAUCGGAUCCGGUCGCGGUAUGAUUAUCAAAAACAUUACUUGGCGCCUCUCUCGAAGCCCAGACUAUUGCCGUUACGAGCUGCACCACAACGAGAACCCGAUGUGCGUAGACGAAGGCGUAGGAGGGAAUGGGGAAGACGAGACCAGGACGAAGCCGAUAAACUGGAGAGGUCGAUAGAGAAACCGCGGUGGGUGUAUGAGCAUGGGCUUUACGCCAAGCAUGUAGCCUCCAAUACGUAUACCAAAUACCGGCCAUACCCCACCCCAGCACAGUUCGCCGCCAGCCAAGAGAUGGUGAGCAAGACGACGAUGUUUUUGCGGCGCGAGUUGGGGGUAUGGGAUAAUCUGGACGUCGAGUUCUUCACAACAUUCACGAUAUCGCUCAUGAAGUCGAUUGAUAUACGGUCGGAGUCAGCUGUGAAGCUUUUGGCGGAAUUUUUGGACAUUGACACUGGUGGAAGAGUUAUGGCAGAGCACUUUGUACAUGUAGAGGUCUACUCGUGCGUGAGGUCACCGUUCAAAGACCUCUUCGUGUAUGACAGCGUCGUCCAGUAUGACGUGCCUCCCCAUGUCAGUUCGCCGCCAAGACCGAGACCAAGACGAUGGCAAGAUGUUGACGAGCACCCUCACCAGUGCUCCAGGUCCAGAUCCAGCUCGUCGACUCCCUGCAACCAUUUCGCACCGUCUUCGCCUCGAGAUUCCAGAUGGCGCGAAGAUGACAUCUCGCCUGUCCGUUCGAUAUCCUGGUCACCGUCAGGUCGACAUUAUCCCAGUGCGAGCAGAGCGUCAUCCCCUUCAGCAGCACGAGCACUAUACCCGGUGACGUGGACGCACCUGCCUCGAUUACCGAUAUCAUUGAACCGCCCAGACCUGCUGACGUGA